AUGUAUGUCAAGCAGAUCAUCAUUCAGGGCUUCAAAAGCUACAAGGAUCAAACGGUCAUUGAGCCCUUUUCUCCGAAACACAAUGUCAUUGUCGGUCGCAAUGGGUCCGGUAAAAGCAACUUCUUCGCGGCCAUCCGUUUCGUCCUCAGUGAUGCGUAUACCCACCUCGGGCGAGAGGAGCGGCAGGCCCUGCUUCACGAGGGUUCGGGUUCGGCUGUGAUGUCAGCCUACGUCGAAAUCAUUUUUGAUAACUCCGACGACCGGUUUCCUACCGGCAAGCCCGAACUAGUCCUUCGUCGAACCAUCGGUAUCAAGAAAGACGAAUAUACGCUAGAUCGCAAGAACGCCACCAAGAACGAUGUGAUGAACCUGCUGGAAUCAGCCGGAUUUUCGCGCUCCAACCCAUACUAUAUUGUGCCCCAGGGCCGAGUGACUGCAUUAACCAAUAUGAAGGACUCGGAACGACUGGUGCUCCUCAAAGAAGUAGCUGGUACCCAGGUCUACGAAGCUCGUCGUUCGGAGUCUCUCAAAAUUAUGCAAGAAACUAAUAGCAAGCGGUCCAAAAUCGACGAGCUUCUAGAUUACAUCAAUGAGCGUUUGGCCGAGCUUGAAGAGGAGAAAGAUGAACUUCGAAAUUACCAAGAGAAAGACAAGGAGCGUCGUUGUCUUGAAUACACAAUUUACUCGCGCGAACAACAGGAAAUUGCGAACGUGCUUGAGAACCUGGAAGAGCAACGCCAACAUGGAGUCGACGACGCAGAUAGUAACCGAGAUCAAUUCAUUGACGGCGAGAAGGCUAUGGCUCAAAUUGAUGCUGAGAUCGCAGAAUGUCGCCAGCAAAUCGAAUUCCUUAAAGUUGACAAAGAUCAACUUGAAGAUGAACGCCGCGAGGCUUCCAGAGCGUUGGCACAAAUUGAACUGCAAGCCAAGUCUUUGGCUGAUAAUCAGGCUACAUCGCAAGCUAUAAAGUCACGUCACGAUAAGGACCUCAAUACUGUGCAGACGGCUAUCCAGGAACGCGAAGCGGAGCUCCAAACUAUCCUACCCGGAUUCAAUGCCUCUAAGGACCAGGAAGAUGCUAUUAAGUCUCAAUUAAGUGAAGCUGAGACGGUGCGCCAACGGUUGUAUGCCAAACAAGGCCGGAAUUCGCGGUUCAAAAACAAGUCGGAACGAGACAAGUGGCUGCAAAUGGAGGUCCGAGAAAGUAAUCGAUCCAUAGCCAACGUUCAGAACGUUGUCACACAGACUCAAGAAGACAUAACCGACCUUGAGAAGGAGAUUGCUUCUCUUGAGCCUGAAACAGAGCGUUUGCGUCAGCAGAUUGAUGGACGGGGAGAUACUAUGCACUCCUUCGAAGAGCAAGUUCAGAAUGCCAAGGAUGAGAAGGAUCGCUUGAUGGAUCAGCGAAAAGAGCUCUGGAGAGAAGACGCCAAAUUAGACUCCGUUGUAUCCAGUGCAUCACAAGAGAUGGAUCGUGCUGAGCGCAGUCUGUCUCAAAUGAUGGACAACAACACAUCCCGUGGUAUUGCUGCUGUCCGGAGGAUCAAGCGUCAACAUAACCUGGAUGGUGUUUACGGUACUCUUUCUGAGCUUAUGGAAGUGAACGAUAGGUAUCGAACAGCCGUAGAAGUUACAGCUGGUCAAAGUCUGUUCCACUACGUGGUGGAUACUGACGAGACUGCGACUACUGUCUUGGAGAUCCUACAGAAAGAAAAGGCCGGUCGUGUGACCUUCAUGCCACUCAAUCGCCUGCGCUCCAGACCUUCGAACAACAUCCCUCGUGCUAGCGAUACUAUCCCAAUGAUUGAGAAGGUUCAGUUUGACCCAGCAUACGAGCGAGCCUUUCAGCAUGUCUUUGGCAAAACCAUCAUCUGCCCAAACCUACAGGUGGCGUCGCAGUAUGCUCGCAGCCAUGGUGUCAAUGCCAUCACCCCCGAGGGUGAUCGGUCUGACAAACGUGGUGCCUUGACUGGUGGUUUUCAUGAUUCACGCCAUUCUCGCUUGGAUGCGGUAAAGAGUGUCGGGAAGUGGAGAGACGAGGUCGAGGCCAAGAAAAGCCGAAGCGACGAAAUCCGCAAGGAGACGGAGAAACUUGAUCAGCUAAUUACCAAAGCGGUUGGUGAGCUUCAAAAAUUGGAGCAGCAGCGACAACAGAUGCAGAACAGCAGUGGACCAUUGCGGCAAGAACUUCGCAGCAAGCGAGAGCUUCUACAAAACAAAAACGACACUCUCGAAACUAAGCGCCGGGGUCUUCGAACUGUCAACACUAAUCUGGCCGCUUUGAACGACCAGGUCAGCUCCUUCCAAGCUGAACUGUCCUCCGCAUUUCAAAAAUCCCUUACCGACGAGGAAGAAGCUCGCUUGGAGAGUCUCAGCAAAACAGUACAGGAGCUUCGUCGGCAAUACCAAGAGCUUUCAAGCCAACGCAGCGAACUGGAGGCUCGUAAGUCCGUUCUAGAAGUUGAACUUCGCGAAAACCUCAACCCGCGACUUGAUCAGCUUCUGAACCGAGAUAUCGAUAUGGCCGAUGAUGAGGUCCAAGGCAAUCUCAAGGAGACACAACGCGAGCAAAAGCGACUUAACAAAGCCUUAGAUAAGCUCAAUGAUCGACUCAAGACCGUUGAUGCUUCUAUGGAGGAAGCCAAUACUCGAGUGAGCGAACUACACCAGCGCAAUGCCGAAACCAAACGCCGAAUGGAAGAAUUGGCCCGCUCUAUCGAAAAAUAUCAGCGCCGCAUGGAGAAGAGCAUGCAGAAGAAGGCCGCGCUUUCUAAGCAGGCUGCUGAAUGUGCGGCCAACAUCCGUGACUUGGGUGUUCUUCCCGACGAAGCUUUCACCAAAUAUAAGAACACCGACUCAAAUGCAGUGGUCAAGAAGUUGCAUAAGACAAAUGAAGCACUCAAGAAAUAUUCUCAUGUCAAUAAGAAGGCCUUUGAGCAAUACAACAACUUCACCAAGCAGCGAGAAACGUUAACCAACCGUCGUGAAGAGCUAGAUGCGUCACAGAAGUCUAUUGACGACCUGAUUUCAGUCCUGGAUCAACGCAAAGACGAAGCAAUUGAGCGAACCUUCAAGCAGGUGUCUCGUGAAUUCGCCACUGUGUUUGAGAAACUUGUCCCUGCAGGCCGUGGUCGUCUCAUUAUCCAGCGGAAGACUGACCGCACUGCACGACCUGAAGAGGAAAUGGAUUCAGACGAAGAAGAGGUCCGACAGAGUGUGGAAAAUUAUGUUGGCGUUGGUAUCAGUGUGAGCUUUAACAGCAAACAUGAUGACCAGCAGCGGAUUCAACAGCUGAGUGGUGGACAAAAGAGUCUUUGCGCCCUUGCGCUGGUCUUCGCCAUCCAGGCUUGUGAUCCUGCUCCGUUCUAUCUAUUUGACGAAAUCGAUGCCAACCUGGAUGCCCAAUAUCGAACAGCCGUGGCACAGAUGCUUCAGUCGAUCUCCGAUUCGACGAAUGGACAGUUCAUUUGCACGACCUUCCGACCGGAGAUGUUGCAUGUCGCCGAGAAGUGUUAUGGCGUGAGCUUCCGACAGAAGGCCAGUACCAUUGAUGUGGUGUCGAGGGACGAGGCCUUGAAGUUUGUGGAGGAACAGAAGACUUAA